GUGUGAUAAAGGAAGAAGCGCUCCGGUAUGCGGGGUGACCGGUGCAGUGGGCAGUGACCUUCCGCGACUCGUUCCUGCUGCGUGCACUCGGUCCCACCGUGCCGACUAUACGGAAUGAGACAUCUUCCGGACAGGUUACCCCCCUCCCCCCCCCGCUGCGCGCCGCACGACAUCCAGUCAGGUCAGAGGUGGGGGGGGGGGGGGGGUCGGAGAGCCGGCCGGACCGGACUGGAUCAGAGGCAGCGCGGCCACCGUUGCUGCCUGUCUCACAGUUGUCUCGGUGGUGGUAGUCGGUGCAGGUACGGUUCAGCCCGGGCCCGUACUGAACACAACGGCACAUUGCUGGCCCGAAGACGGUUCGCCAGCAGUGGUAUCAGCCUGAAUUAGUGGUGAUUGGGACAGACAUCGUUAGUGCGUCGGCCAGGGACUAGCGUUUGGUUCUGACACGUUGGUGCUGGAGUUCUGAGUUUCCAGUGGUGCCGGUGGUGCUGCUGAUCUGAGCAACUGCGGUGACGGGCCGCGCGGAACACCAGAAGUGGCUGAGCGGCACCGUUGGUGCGCUGCUGGAAUCAGGACUGGUGCGUUCACCAGCCGAGUGGUGCCACUGGUGCUGCCUGAAGUUGGUGCUCGACAUGCGGUGGACGGUGGUGCUGGUCUUCGCUCUGGCGGCAGGCGCUGGCGGCCAGUCACUGGCAGACCGAUUUCUGUCGUUCUUCUAUCGGCAAACGUGCGAUGACCUGCGUCACUCCCUGUUUGAGGUGGACACCCUGAGCGACUGCUCGGAGGCGCUCGGGUGUCCGCUCAACCAGCACUGCGAACCGUUCACCUGCCAGGGACUGUUCGUGCACCGGUGCGUGUCCAACUUCCGUAUCGGUGCGUCGUGCCAGCGCGGCGAGCAGUGCAACACGGGCUUCUGCCACCCGACCUCCAGCACGUGCCAGCCGAGCGAGGGCGCCUGCCCGGAGCAGAUGCUGAACGCGGGCGGCAUCUGCCUGGGACUGCCCGCGUUCCGCGCCGCCUCGUGGACGGACGCACGCGCCGCAUGUCCUGCGCUGUUCGGCGUAGGCGCCGCGCUGGUCUCCCCAAUCAACCGUGUCGAGCAGCAGAACCUACAAACGUUCCUGGUGCUGCGUCGAGCUGCCGAAGAGCAGCCCUACAUCGGCAUAUCCGACCUACAGCGCGAGGGAGAAUUCCUCUUCGACGCCGGCGGCGCCCCGGUGGAGACUUUCAGCGCCUUCCUGGCGGAGGACCUGGCGCUGAACAGUCGCCGGCUCAGCUGCGCCACACACCGGCCCGUGAGGCUCGGGGUCGACCAGAACGGCUGGCAACUCAGUGAGUGUGACGGCAGCAGGAGGUUCGUCUGCCAGGCGGAGCCCAGAGUCGGACAGUGAGAGCUGCGUGACGCCGCACUGGCUUAAAUGACACCGUGUAACACACGGUGGGAGAGAAAAACAGCGGCAAUGGUGAGUGCGUUGGCCCUUGACUUGUCUCGCAGAUCACCGUAUACGCGUAAAGACGAUGAUAGCGCAAUGAUAUCGGCUUGUGGUGACUUGAAAGACGCAUGGCUGUCUACGGUGAAGUGGCGAUAAAUGAACUGUCACAUCGCUGGCCACUAGGCUUCACAGAUGACCGUGCCCAGUGCGAUAUGUGCUUUAGAACGUCAGCCCUGCGUCAUGCGUGAGUCGGUAGAAGGUCAGCAACAUGAUCGACAGUGGAAACAUACAUACACCAGUCUGCAAGUGGAAGACGUUCACGACAACGAAGAUGAGCUCAAUGCGUUCCGUGGUCACGGGUCAUCGUAUAACAAGCAACGAGGACAGUGAUGAGCCAUAACCACCAAGCCUGCAAACGGCCAACCGGACAAUGCACGGACCCCACGAGUCCCAGCAUUCUUCCUGGCGUGGUGGAUUACAGUAUAUCGUCGGUUAUCGUUUCAUGUCAGGUGAAACGAGCAAUGCCUGAGGAAUCAAGCCUUUACGCGAGUUCUGUCUACCUUGACGCUCAACUCGUAGUGCCCGUUUUGCAUAAUCUUAACGCGACGGUCUUGUGACGGCAUCUGAUAAGCGGUAUCUCAUGAUAAUAAUUGACGUUUUUUGAUUGAGUACCGAAUCCUUACAAGUGCUCGUGGUCUUGCUCAGAUCACAACAUGUGCAUUGGAGUAUGACUUCAGUGUUAAGCUCAAAGUAUUGAGACGUUACGCAGUGCAUAUGUGAUAUGAUCUGAGACACCAAAUAAGCCGAAAGCCGUAUAUGUAGAUGUCCCUGUGACUAAACUAACCGGACGGGCGGUCUCCACCGACUCCACCGAAUACCGUUGCAGCGUUGAAAUCAAAGCCGGGUCCCGAACAACUAUGACCAGAUGUCGGCUACGCUGCUCCUGGGCUGCAUCUGAGAUGUUGAUGUUUAAUCGGUCGAUGAAGAGCCGCAGUUUGAGUUUGUUGUUUUAUUGCUGAUGUGUCAUAUAUGGAUACCUAUUUGUGUGUUUCAAAGACCUGGCGAUGAACUGUUUGUCAAAAAUAAACGUCCAUCACUGUAA